CUGCACAGCAGAAAAGCCCGACUCCCUUAUCUCUGCGAGGCGCUCCCUGGAAACGGAUACCGAGGACUACCUCUGCGACUAGGGACUCAGAAAGCAGCACUCCGGUUAUCCGACGUAUUUUGGCCUGCAAGGCUAACUUCCGGUUCCGCUGCCGGUUCCGGUCCCUACCUUCCACUUCCGGUCGCUUGGGUUCCGCUGCGGCCGGUUUCUGCGUCCGCUGCCGCUGGUUCCGCCGCGCUUCAGGUGUUUUUUCUCUAAAGGAAAGCUGCCUUAUAUGUUUUAAGGAUGGCUCUGCCUAUCAUCGUAAAGUGGGGUGGGCAGGAAUACUCAGUGACCACACUUUCAGAAGAUGACACUGUGUUGGAUCUCAAGCAGUUUCUCAAGACUCUUACAGGAGUGCUACCAGAACGCCAGAAGUUACUUGGACUCAAAGUGAAAGGCAAACCUGCAGAAAAUGAUGUUAAGCUUGGAGCUCUCAAACUGAAACCAAAUACUAAAAUCAUGAUGAUGGGAACUCGUGAGGAGAGCUUGGAAGAUGUCUUAGGUCCACCCCCUGACAAUGAUGAUGUUGUCAACGAUUUUGAUAUUGAAGAUGAAGUAGUUGAAGUAGAAAACAGGGAAGAAAACUUACUGAAAAUUUCUCGCAGAGUAAAAGAGUACAAAGUGGAAAUUUUGAAUCCUCCCAGGGAAGGGAAAAAACUCUUGGUUCUAGAUGUUGAUUAUACAUUAUUUGACCAUAGGUCUUGUGCGGAGACUGGGGUAGAGUUAAUGCGGCCAUAUCUUCAUGAAUUCCUGACUUCUGCCUAUGAGGAUUAUGACAUUGUUAUUUGGUCUGCAACAAAUAUGAAGUGGAUUGAAGCUAAAAUGAAAGAGCUGGGAGUGAGUACAAAUUCAAAUUAUAAGAUUACCUUCAUGUUGGACAGUGCUGCUAUGAUAACAGUACAUACUCCGAGGAGAGGACUGAUAGAUGUAAAGCCUCUUGGUGUUAUAUGGGGAAAGUUUUCGGAGUUUUACAGCAAAAAAAAUACCAUCAUGUUUGAUGACAUAGGAAGAAAUUUUCUAAUGAACCCACAGAAUGGACUAAAGAUAAGGCCUUUUAUGAAAGCGCACCUAAAUCGAGAUAAAGACAAAGAACUCUUAAAACUAACUCAGUACCUCAAGGAAAUAGCAAAAUUAGAUGAUUUUUUGGACCUAAAUCACAAGUAUUGGGAAAGGUAUCUUUCAAAGAAGCAAGGACAGUAGGUCCAGAUUAUUCUGAAGAUACUUGAGAUCCAGGAACUCUUGCUUUUAUGCUAGAAAUCAUUAUGAUAGUGCUGGACACUGAAGCAUACACCAGACGGCUUAUACUUGGUCUUCCAGUAUUUUGUAAAUUUAAUUUUAUAUUUUUUGAAGAUCAUAGCAAUAUGCUAAAAAAAAUCCUUUUUCUCCUCUAUAUGAACAUACUCUUACUCUUGAAAAAUAUUUUCUCGAGCAUUGACAACUGAGUUUUCUCCCACACAAA